AUGUCUUCCCAGGUGCAACCUUUCACGAUCGCAGUUCCCGAGGAAGAAUUGCAGGAUCUCCAACAGCGCCUUCAAUUAGCAAAAUUUUCAUCUCAGCUCGAGUCGUCAGCGCAAGACUCGUGGGAUUUCGGGGUGCCAGUCAGUGAAGUACAGCGACUUGUGAAAUACUGGAAAGAUGGGUUUGAUUGGCGGAAAGCAGAAUCUCGUCUAAACGAGCUACCACAGUUCCAUACUGAUAUUGAAGUUGACGGAUUUGGGGUAUUGGAUAUUCAUUUUGUCCACAAAACCAGUCCUGUCAAGGGCGCAAUUCCUCUUCUAUUUAGCCAUGGAUGGCCAGGAUCCUUUAUUGAGGUGACAAAACUUUUGUCGAAACUUAAAGGCGAGAAUAGAAAUCCCGCAUUCCACGUUGUGGCUCCCUCGCUUCCAAACUUUGGGUUCUCUUCUGGAGUGAAUCGUCGCGGAUUCGGCCUUGGGCAAUACGCUGAGGCUCUACAUAAGCUUAUGCUCAAGCUAGGCUAUAAUCAAUAUGUCACACAAGGUGGAGACUGGGGCUUUUGGAUCACAAGAAGCAUCGGCCUUCUCUAUCCCAAGCACUGCAAAGCUUCACAUGUCAACAUGAUCGUUGCUCGACCUCCUCAGUGGAAUUCUAGCCCUUUGCUGGCUCUGCAACAUGCCAUAACGCCCUAUACAAAUCGAGAGCGGGACGGACGCAAGCGAUCUGAGUGGUUCGAUCAAGAAGGAUACGGAUACAAUAUGCUCCAAAGCACCAAGCCGCAGACCAUCGGUGCUGCGCUCGCAGACAGCCCAGUGGCUUUGUUAACCUGGAUCUAUGAAAAGCUCCACGACUGGACGGAUUCGUACCCCUGGACAGACGAUGAGAUUUUGACCUGGGUUUCCAUCUACUGGUUCUCCGAGGCGGGACCUGAUGCAAGUGUGCGCAUCUACUAUGAAGCUUUGCAUGCCGAGUCUGUAUCUGGGAUCACAUAUGAUCGAUUGAGGUCUUAUAUACUGGAUGUAAAGCUUGGACUUGUUCAUCUCCCUCGGGAGAUUUCGGUUGUUCCGGCGACAUGGGCUGCUGCGUUGGGUCCGGUCGUAAGACAGAGUGAGCAUACACACGGAGGUCAUUUUGCGGCAUGGGAGGUUCCGGAUGCUAUCGUUCAGGAUCUUUGGGCGAUGUUCGGCGCGGGAGGUCCUUGUUAUGGAGUAGUUCCUGACAGAAACGGGUAUUGA